AUGGCCCAUGCUCAGAAGAGCCAUUAUUGCCCUUGUCCAAUCCUGCUGCUGGACGCCCUUAUUGGCCCCGAUUGCCCACCACUUGUCAUGCCUGACCAGACCCAAGAAGACACCAUGGUACCGAUGAUGCUAAGCCAGAGAAGCAGGGGGCCACUGGCCCCCAACCAUGUGCAGGAGGUGUCCCUGUAUCCAGUGGAGUCCAUCAGUGACCUACACAGUGGAGGCUCUUUGUGUCCCUAUGUGGCUGAAGAGACACGGCCAUGGGACGAGCUGCUGGGUGUUUUGCCACCAUCACUGUGUACCCAGGCUGGCUGCAACCCUGUGUAUGGCAAGGGGGGCUUCCUGCUACUGGUUGCACUGUUGGUGCUCACCUGCCUGGCGAUCGCCAUCCUGGCCGUCUACCUGAGUGUGCUGCAGAAUGAAUCCCUGCGUAUCGUGGCACACACACUAAAGACUCAGGAGGAGAUGAUACUCAAACUCCGCCUGGCCAGCCUGAGCCAGCUGCAAAGGCUCAACUCCAGUGAGGCCCGAGCACCUAGCUGAGAUGCCACUUGGACCUGGGGUCUGGGGGAGUAUAAGUUGGGGGGAUAAAGUAGCCAUGGGCAGGCCUCUCCUCUCCUGCUACUGGACAUGUUUAUACUACUUUCUUGGUAAGAUUUCUGUCUAAGAACCUGAUUUGACUCUAGAGCUGCCUGAGUCUCCUGACCUCUUCAGGCCAGGCCUAGCCAAGGCUUCUGGUGCCUAGGCCUUGCUUUGGGUGGUCCAAGGGCAGUGGGAGGGGCAUCAACCUCCUGGCUCCUCCCAUGGUCUUGUCAGUACCCUCUGGCUAUCCCCAGAUGGCAAGUUCAGAAGUCUAGAAAUAGCUGCCCCCAUUGAGUCCCACAAACUCUGCUAGGCCUCUCAAGUGGGAUCCCAGCAUCAGCUCUCAAAGUCACCUAGGGAAAGACUGCCUUGAAGGGCACAGGUGAGAUGGAGGAACACCCAGGUAAGCCCCAGCUUGGGGUGGCAGAUGUAGAGAGAAAGUAGACAGAGCUAGAUACCCAGGAGUCAAAACCACAGAAGGCUGGGGCAGCACCUGUAGC